AUUCAAGAAAGUAAUAAAUCUUUCUUCAGAUAUUUCUCCUUCUUCUCAGUUUCUAACACAGCCAAACGCAAAUCCACCCUUGUAGCCUAUCGGCAACAGCCACACAAGCAACAACCUGCCGCAAACCCCAACCAAAGUUCUCGCACAAGAUUUGCAAUCCACCAACUUGUAGAACACCAGCGCCUCUACCUACCUCCACCCACACAAACCCAAGCAACCCCAGCAACCCAACCGUCAACGAAAUUAUAUACCAAGCCUCCACCGUUCGAACCUCCACAAACCCUUGUUUCUCAGCUUCCAAUCUCUCUCUGAAAGACACAGGAGAGACAGAGAGCUAAACUCCCAUGCCAUCUAGGAACCCUAGACGCCAGACAGCUAUAAACAACUCUAGAGAGAAUGGCCGAGAAAAGUAGCAGAGGGAAGAGCAGUAGGUGGACUCUCCAAAACAAAACAGCUUUAGUCACUGGUGGAACAAAAGGAAUCGGGUAUGCUAUUGUGGAGGAACUGGCAGCAUUUGGGGCUACAGUGCAUACCUGCUCUCGAAACCAAACUGAACUUAAAGACUGCUUAGCUGAAUGGCAGAAGAAGGGAUUUCAAGUCACUGGUUCAGUCUGUGACGUAUCUUCUCAAGCUGAACGUGAAAAGCUGGUCGAAACAUUCUCUUCACUUUUCAAUGGAAAACUCGACAUACUUAUAAACAACGUUGGAAAAGACUACUGGAAAUCAACUGUAGAAUACACGGCUGAAGAUUACUCUUUUCUGAUGAGUACGAAUUUCGAAUCAGCUCAUCACCUCUGCCAACUAUCACAUCCCCUUUUGAAAGCUUCAGGAGCAGCGAGUGUUGUCUUCAUAUCAUCAAUUGCUGGUGUCGCAUUCUACAGUGCUGGAUCCUUAUAUUCUACAGCUAAAGCGGCAUUGAACCAACUGGCUAAGAAUUUGGCUUGUGAGUGGGCUAAAGACGGUAUAAGAACUAAUUGUGUGGCCCCUGGCCUCACCAGAACCCCCUUGGUUGAGCCUUAUAUGGAAAAUGAGAAUCUUAUGAAAGCAUUUUUCGCUAGCAUUCCUCAAGCACGCGCAGCCGAGCCUGAGGAGGUGUCCUCCAUGGUGGCAUUUUUGUGCAUGCCUGCAGCCUCUUAUAUCACAGGGCAGACUAUUUGCGUCGAUGGAGGGGCAACUGUCAACGGCUUCUUCUUCCAACCCAAUUGAAAACAUUAGCAAAUUUCCCAUGACAUUGUAUUGCGGAAUAAAAGGCUAAAUUGAUUCAAUGUGAAAUAAAAGUCAAUAAUUAAUAAGAUGUCAUGAUACUCAAUUGCUUCAGACAAUGCCCUUGGAUAAGGAUUCGACUGCUGUCACAUUUGAUCUUGUCCUCUCAUGAGACCGGAGGAACAUGAUCUGGUCUUUGUCACUGUUCUGGUUGCUCCCAGAACCAGAGGAGCUCCAAUUCAUUUUCACUAAAAAUAUUGUACUGUUUACCAAUUACAAAUUAACUAAACUCUUCAUG